UUCAUCUAUUUCUGUGAUACCAAGAACCUUCCAUUGUGUAUUGUCUGAGACACCUGAACCUCCGCUAUCUAAAUUAAGCGAUGAUGAAGCAAAGGUGGAAGGCCACACGUAGAAAAUCGCUAAAUCAAAGCGCACUCGUACAGGUCCCUCGGCUCCGAACGGACCUUGGAAAAACCGAAAUCGCGGUAAAAAUAAACCGCGCGACAAUUAGCAUCGCCGAUUUUUCGAAAUUUCGCGUCGAAAACGUCACGGGGCAAAACAAAAAAGUGUUUUUCUUUCGCCGCUUCUCUCUCCGCUCGUAUAAACACUGACCGAGUACAAGGCCUCGCGUGCUUGCGCCCGAAAUAGCCGAAGUGAUCGGCUCCGACAACGUGCCAAACGGUGAAUUCAAACGCCGAUUGCACGUCCAAUUAACGAGAAUAAUGAGUUUCGUGCGGAAUAUUUUCGGUGUAGGUGAUAACAAGGAGAGCGAACAGGAGGACGAGGAGACCAGCGAGGAGAUCUCCUCGUCUUCGGACACCGGCUUCCUCAGCAACCUCAACAGCGCCAGCGACUUCGACACCAGCUUGGGAUCCAACGGGUCCGGGGACCCGGAUUGCUCUACUAUCUCCAAUUUUUUCGGUUAUUGGAAAAGCCUGGUCAACCAAGAAGCCAAAUUUCAAAGCAAACUCAACGACCUGACGAAGGAGCUCUCCUUUCGAGAUGCCGAAGCGAACAAGCUCAAAUUCCAAAUGGAGGAGCUGCAACGCGACGUAUUCGCCAAAUCCGCAGGAAUGGACAGACUCGAAUCCGAGUUGAAAGAAGCCCAAAAAGAAUGCGAAACCAUCAGCAGAACCAUAAGGAACUUAGAAAACGAUCUUGAGAACCAGAAGAAGAGGAAUAUUUUAUUAAACAGGGAAUUAGAAGAAAAAACUGAAUCAUUCAGUGUAUCAGAAAAAGACUACAAAUCGAAAAUAGAGCACCUGGAAAAUGUCAUAAAAGAGCUACGCACGAGGAUCGAAAGCUUGGAGAAGCAGCUGCAGGUGCUGCAGGAGGAGAAGCUGCAGCUGGCCCGGCGGCAGGAGGACAUCCUGAGCGAGCGGGACGAGGAGAAAAGGCGCAUAGAAGAGACGCUGGAGCAGGCGCAGAAGCAGAAGGAGCAGCUGGAGGAGAAGUGGAAGAAGGACUUCGAGAAUUUGCGCACGGUGAACAUCCUGCGGGAGCAGGAGAUGCUCGACGACUUCGAGUGGAAGCUGAGGGACGUCGAGCAGACGUGCAAGAAGAAAAUCGACGAGAAAGAUGAGGUGUUGCAAAUGUCGUUGCAGCAUUCUCAGACAAAGGAGACCGAAGCUGAGGAAUUAUCCAAAAAGAUAGAGAAUCUCAUUAUCCUCGAAAAGGAGCUAAACGAAUUAAAAGACAAAACGACGGAGCAAAACAGAUCGAUGAAAACCCUAAUCGAAGAGCACGAGCAAAUGCAGCAAAGCGAAGAGAACCUCAAGACCGAGGUGAAGAAGCUGCGAGGCCUAAUCGACCUGGAGAAGGAGAACCUGCAGCACAUGCAGCGCAUCCAUCAGCAGGAAAUCCUGGACAAAGAGAGAAAAUUGCAGCAGACCCUCAACGAGAAACGCAUCGAAAUCGCCAUGUACUGGGAGGACCGGCUGCUCAACGAGAUAUCCAGGCUCAAGUACGAGCUGGAGCAAAUUUACAACGAAGAGAAAUAUUCCGCCGUCGAAACGGUGAGGAAGUCCAAAGACGAUGACUUCCGAAAGGCGGAAAGGCAAUGGGAACAGAAAUUUACCGAGUAUUUAAACGAGGUGCAAAAUUUACAAAAGGCCCUCGAUGAAAAGGAUGAAUAUUACAAAAACGAAAUAGUGAAGCAACAGAGCAUCACGGAUCAAGACAUAUUCGAACUGAGAAGACUCAUAGAUAAAUUAGACAUGUCUCAUCACGAAAAGUACGAUAAACUGGUAACGCAGCACGAAAGCGAUUUAGAACAAGCAAGGUUAGUGUAUAAUAAAAAAGUCCAAGAGGUAGAAGCUUAUUGGAUGGAGCAAGUCGAAUUGCUCAAUGCCAGAAUAAACGCGAUGAAGCAACAAAUGGAAAUAGAAGCACAAGAAAGGUUAAAGGUUUUGAUACAGACCCAUCAAUCCGAUUUAGAAGAACAAUGGGAGAACCUUAUACAGCAAAAAAAGGAAGCUAUACAAUUUUUAGAAGAAAAAUACAUCUCCAAAUGCCAGCAACUGCAAGAGCAGCUGCAGCAGCAGCAAAAGUCCCACACCGGCAGGGAAGUGGAGCUGCUGAAGACGGUGGACGCGCUGAAAAACGAACUGCAAAGCAAGGAAUCCAUCAUAGAAGACAUGCAGAGCAGCUUGGAAACCCUGGAGGGCGGGAUUCAGGUCCUUAACCAGGAAAUAGCCCACCAGAGCGAAGUGAUCCUGAAAGAGAAAAAAGACUACGAACAAAAAUUGAGAUCAUUCGAAUCGAAAAUAGCGAAGAUGCAACACCAGCACGAAAACGAGCAGGAAGCGUACCGAUUGAAAUACAUCAACUCGCAGAAAACCUACCAGCAAACAGUCGAUCACCUUCAGAAGAAAUACACUUGCUUAACCAAACUAUUCGAAGAGGUGCGGCAGAGGUACGAGCGCAGGGAGUCCCGACAAGAGGACAUCAACAUCAUAUCGGACUUGAAGCAAGUCAUCGCCGAGCAGGAGAAAGACCUGAACUGCAUCAACGAAGAGAAGAGGUACUUCCAAAUGAGAUUGAUGGCGUUGGAGAGCCGGCUCGACAACCGGGGAUCCUCCGACGAUGAAUCGCUGAGCAACGAUCCCCCGUUCGCCGAUUGCAACGACGCUUUCGCGGCGGAGACCGCGCUCCAUCCUCCCAGCGCGCCCCAUCAAUCGCACGGCCCGGGUAUGCUCAGUAUUCCACCGACGAUAGAGGAAGCCGAAGAGUAAUUUAGAUUUUUCUACGUGUUAGCGUUUACCUACGUUUAUUUCGCACAAACAUUAACGUGUUGGAAGUAAGGAAAAGUUUGGGUCGUUGACGUGGAGGUUUUCUUACUUUUUUUACUUCGCAGAAUGGCGUCUAGUUUGUAUUUGAAUUGUUUGCACGGAGUAUAUUUGUAUAUCUUUGAAUAAAGCCGAUUUUAUAUAUAGUUAUUUGCAUA